GACCAUGGACAUUACAAUAAAUCAAUAAAUUAGACAGUAGAAAAAUAACAAAAUUCUUUUAACCAAAUAUUCAAAUUAAAUUAAUUAUCACAUGUUAUAUUGAUGCAAAAUGGAAGCAGGAGAUAGUUUGAACAGCACACUUCCAGUAGAAUCACUGAUUGAUGAUAGUGAUGACGAUAAUGAUGCUAAUAAUGAUUGCAGCAAGCUAUCUAGAAAGAAAACUAUUUUAUUGAAGGAAUUUCCUUUAAAUCGUCAUGGGUCUUCUGCAGAAUCACAGUACAUUGUGCUAUCACAAAAUGAUGAGGUUGUAGAUCAAGCAUCAUUAAAUUACAGAGUGGAGGAUUUCCUCAGUGAAGAUGAUAAUGAUGAGGAGGACAUUGAAGAUGAUAAUAAUGAGGACGCUGAUGAUGAUAAUAAUAAGAAAGACACUGAUGAUGAUGAUGAUAAUGAUUGUGGCAAGCUUUCAAGAAAAAAAACAAUUUUAAAGAAGGAAUUUCCUUUAAAUCGCCAAGGGUCUUCAGUAGACUCACAAUAUGUUGUGUUAUCACAGAAUGAUGAGGUUGUAGACCAAGCAACAUUAGACUACACCAUGGAGGAUUUUCUCAGUGAAGAUGAUAUUAAGGAUGAUGAUGAUGAUAAUGCACACAAUGACAAAGACACUGAUGAAGUGAAUAAGUGUACAAAAAAUGAUGAGUUGUCUAAUACUGAAGAAUUGAUCAACGAUGAUGAUGAAGAUACUGAUGUUGAUUGGGAUACAGAAAUAAAUGACGAAAGUGUGAAGAAACCUAAUAAUAAUGAAGAUAAUAAUAAAAGAGAAGAUAAAGAUGCCACAAACAAAGUUUCACCAAUUUCACCAAGUUCUUCUAAAACAACCGAAGCUGUUAGUUCCAAUAAUAAUGGAAAGACAGAUACUCCGGGUUUAUCAAAGUUUGAAUCUUGUUACAGAGAUGCUAAGAUUAUCAACAAUAUUGUUCCUAAAGAUAUUGAUACAAUUUAUGAUAAAUUAGUAGAGAAACGGUCCAACCCUAAUCGUAUGGAUAUUGUAACAGCAACACUUUUAGAUGAACCGGACUCCACCACUAGUGAUGAUAUAUUUAAAGAUGUGAAAACAGUCAUUAAAAAUGUUCAAGAUAAAUCAAAUGAUAAACUAAAUGAGGCAUAUAUUUUAUCUUUACUGCGAUUAAAUGAAAAAAAGAAAAAUCGAGUAGAUGUGGUUACUGGACAAUUACUUGUAUCUCUACAAGAUACAAUUCCAAGCAGAGAUUCUCCAGAUGAAAAUACUCCAAAACUCAAGAAAUUUGAUACUGAUUCAGAUGAUCCAUUGGUUAAAAAUGAUCCAAUAUUUCAAGAUAUGAGAGUAAUUUCUAAAAUGUUUCCAGAUAUAGAUAGAAAUGAGAUAUAUGCUUAUCUCGAGGCACAUCACCAUAAAAGAGAUCGUAUCCAAGUUGUGAUUGAAGAACUUUUAAAAACUGGCAACAGUCAAGGUAGUCUUGAUGAAACUGACCACUCUAAUCCUACCAGUAAUCCUCUUACAAACAGAAGUCGGGGGGAGUUUGAAAAUCUCUGUGAUAUCUUCCCAGAUUGCGAUCCAAAUUAUAUUUUUGAACAAUUAGAACUUAAUGCAAAAGAUACUGACAGAAUGAAUAACCUAGCAGCUAAAAUGUUCGAGUCGCGAGACUAUCCAAAACUAAAAGAUGUUCUUGAUAAACAAUCUAAAUAUUCCAUUAAAAGAAAGAUUCAGAAUAUGGAGUUUAAUUUAAAACAGUUCGUGGCGAAGAUUCCUGAUCCUAAAUCAGUGUUUGAACUGAACGAUAAAGCAGUGAGUGCAGGCUAUAAGGAACAUGUUCUCAUUCAUCUGAAGAAUGAUUUUCAUCAGUUUAAAGAUGGCUAUGUCAAAGAAGUUUUGGAAAGAAAUAACCAUUCAUUAAUUAAGUGUCAUAGAGAAUUGAAUGAAGAAUUAGCUGCAUUAUUAGGAACUGGAAGGCGUUCUAAGAAGAUGCGUGUAAAUCCAAGAAUGACAAUGAUACCAUAUCCAGACAAUCCUGAUGAAUUCUUUUUUAAUGAGCUGCUUUACAUGAAUCAUGAGUUGGAAAUCAAAAUGCACUUAAAGAAGUUAGAAGAUGAGAAGAAAAAAAAGAUAGAAGAAGCUAAGAGUAAUGGAGAACUGUAUGAAUGUAGUUGUUGUUUUGAUGAUGAAGUUUUGUUUGAGGAUAUGGCAACAUGUGCAGAUGGACAUUUAUUCUGUAAAGAAUGUGUUAAACGUUCCACAGAGGCAGCCUUUGGAGAUGCCAAGACCAAAUUCCCAUGUUUAACUGGCACCUGCGAACAUGAUAUUCCACUGUCAGUUCUACAGUCAAUUGUUCCUCCAAAUCUCUUUUCAAAUAUUAUACGAAAGUUACAAGAAGAAGAACUUCGACUCGCAGAUAUUCCUGAUCUUGUUUCCUGUCCAUUUUGUAGUUUUGCUACAGUUAUGCCCGAUCCAAAUGACAAAGUAUUUAAGUGUCUAAAUCCUGAAUGUUUGAAAGAAACGUGUAGAUUCUGUCAAGAACUAAAUCAUGUUCCUUUGAAAUGCAGUGAAGUUGAAAAGAAAACUGAAACUGAUAUGAGAACAUAUAUAGAAAAUAAAAUAUCUGAGGCCAUGUUGAGAACUUGUUCAAACUGUAAAAAAAGAUUUUUUAAAGAUUUUGGAUGUAAUAAGAUGACAUGUACAUGUGGUACUACUAUGUGUUAUGUUUGUAGAGCACCCAAUAUAGAUUAUGACCAUUUUAAUGAUGCAGGCGGUUGUUCAAAUGCAGAGGACGCAAAUAAUUUACAUAUGAAGGAAAUGGAAGAAGCUGCUGUGACUGCCAAGAGGAAAUAUUUAGAAGACCAUCCUGAAGCUGCCAACAUUGAAAUGAAAUAUGAUCCACAAAGACUAGUGGAUGAAAUGAAUCAGAAUGUAAAACGUCCAAGACUUGAACAUGGUGAUUCUGAUGAUGGUUAUGAUGAUGAAGAUGAAUAUCGUGAUGAUGACGAGGAUGAUGAAUAUAUAUAACUGUACUUCUUGGAAAAUUUUCACACAUAUUUAUUCUUGGAACUACGAUUGUGAUAACAUUAAUGUUAUUAAAUCAGCAAAACACGUCAGAAAUAUAUGUAGAAACAUAGAUAAAACAUUCAUUUAUUUAAAGCAUUUAUUUUGCAAGUGUACUGUGACUACUGUCAAUGCAAAAGUGUCUUCAGAAAUAAGUAUAAUUUUACUAGAAUAUAAGGCAUUUAUAUAUUUGAAUGGAAGAGGAGCAAUGUAUUCUUAAAUAUAGUAAAAGAGAAGUUAGUGGCACAAUGAGGAUCAAUUCUGAUUAACCAUCAAUUCAAAUUCAGUUCCAUUUGAUAUUAAAACAUUAUUAUAUUGUUAUUACUGUCUGUCAACAGUUUCUUACAAAAAUCUAUAAGUCAAAUAUUUUCAUAAUUACAGGGAUUUUAGAUUGGAUGAUUUCAAUCAUAGGGAACCUUAGACAAUUUCAGAAUUGUUCAAUCUCAAAUCCCAGGGUUAUCUCCAUGUUUACUUUCAAACAUGAAACAAAAUCAAGUUGUUAUAAGGAAGAAACCUAUUGAAUUUUAAAGUAUUUAAUUUGAGACAGUUAUUUUUCUGUUGACAUUUUACUUUUGAAGCUGGUAUAAGUAAUGUACAAGAGACCCCCCUGGUUCACUUUUAAUGAAUUGUUCAUUUGUGUUUAAGAAGGAACCCUAUUGACCACCAUUAAAUUCCACCAUCAUGAUACCCACAAAUGAAGUUCCUUCUAUUAACAGUCUCUCUCUCUCUCAAUCUCUUUUCUCCCAUUUUGCAUGACAUUUUAUAUACCCAAAUUGAAAUGUGGUUAUUGUCACCCUAAGCAAUUGCUCUAGAGGCUAAAGUAAAUCGAUAGAUCUUAAAUUUAUACAGUUUUUAUGGUCAUAAAACGUAGAAUCCUAUUGAUUUUCAACGAUUUCCGAUAUUUACUGCCAUGGUUAUGGCCCUUGAUCACUUUUUAAAAAUUUUGUGUACACUCUAGAGGUUAAGGUUAUCAUUCGAUUGACUAUAAAUUUAUCCACAGUGUUUUGGUCAUGAAAUGAAAAAGCUUAUUGAUAAUUACUGCCAUAGUUAUCACACUUGAUAACUUUGAACAAUCUUGUAGAUGCUCAAGAUUAUAAAUUUAUUUUUUGAGUGCCUUUAUUUUUACACAAAUGAUGAAAUCUAGAAUUGCUUUCUGUGGUUAUUACCAUUGAUCAGUUUUUAAAAUAUUGUGGUUUCCCUAGCAGUUAAAAUUAUUUUGUUAUUGAUAAGAAUAUAAUACACAGUGUUUAUGUGAUAUUCUCAACUAUUUCCAAUAACUCGAACCACUAAAUUUAUCAUCAUUCCGUACAUUUUUUGUAUUAUAAUUAGCAUCUUAAAGAAAUAGUAGACAAUCACAUUUUAAUUAUUUUUGAUAAUUACUUGGGUUGUUACUCUUGAUCACUUUUAAUGUCUUGUAAAUGCUCAUAUUACCUUCAAAACAAUAAAUAUUCGUCAAUCUU